CAGUCACCCUGUCCCAGCCACCCGGUCAGCACCCAGCUUCCCAACGCUCCAAGCCACACGCCAUAUCUUCAGGCUUCAAGACCAGCCAUUCACCCUCCGCCCAGCAACAGACCUCUCCUUCAGGCUUCAGGACCAGCCAGCCAACCUUAAUUUAGCCAGCCACCCUUACUCCAGGACCCGCCUCCACCAACUGUCUGUAGCCAACCAGCCUCUCCUCUUAUCCAGCCAGACUAGCAGACCCAUGGCACAACAGCAACAGAUAAACCUCCCAGCCAAGCUGAUCAACGGGGGGGUAGCAGGUAUUGUGGGUGUGACCUGUGUGUUCCCCAUCGACCUCGCUAAGACACGCCUCCAGAACCAACGCAGUGGACAGCAGAUCUACCGGAACAUGAUGGACUGCCUCAUUAAGACUGUCAGAUCUGAAGGCUACUUCGGAAUGUACAGAGGAGCUGCAGUGAACCUUACUCUGGUGACUCCUGAGAAGGCCAUCAAACUAGCAGCAAACGACUUCCUUCGACACCGACUUAGCAACGAUGGGGGCAAACUGACAGUGCUGAAGGAGAUGAUGGCCGGAUGUGGAGCAGGGAUGUGUCAGGUCGUCAUCACCACUCCUAUGGAGAUGCUAAAGAUCCAGUUGCAAGAUGCAGGCAGGCUGGUGGCCCAGCAGAGAGUGAUGCCCUCCCUGGUUCCAUGUCUACAGAUGGGCAAUACCAUCGCUGUCCAGAGUAGAUCCUACAAUGCCCCUUCGCUGGUCCGGCCCUCGGCCAUGCAGAUCGCACGGGAGCUCCUGGCCACCAAGGGUGUGACGGGGCUGUACCGAGGUCUGGGAGCCACGCUCAUGAGGGACAUCCCCUUCUCCGUAGUCUACUUCCCUCUCUUCGCACACCUCAACCAGCUGGGCCAGCGGUCGCUAGGAGACACCACCGUGCCUUUUUAUUGGUCAUUCCUGGCGGGCUGUGCCGCCGGCUCUACUGCUGCAGUGGCUGUCAACCCCUGCGACGUGAUCAAGACCAGACUCCAGUCUUUGAGUAAAGGAGCUAAUGAGGAGACAUACAGUGGAGUGGUGGACUGUAUCAGUAAGAUUCUGCGUAAGGAGGGUCCGGGGGCCUUCCUGAAGGGUGCUGGCUGUAGAGCCUUGGUCAUUGCUCCACUGUUUGGUAUAGCUCAAGUUAUGUAUCUGAUUGGAGUGGGAGAGUUCGUACUGGGAAACACGACCUUCGACCUGUACUCUGCAUAAAGGACAGCACCUGUUGCAGCUAGGAUCAGAGCUCAACCACAUGCUCACUGGUUUAUUCAUCGCAGGUGAACUGUUUGAGAGCACAGAGAUGCUAUGUUAAUCAUGGUGGUCAAUGAGGCCAUUUUGUUGUUUUUCUACCUGUUGCUCUUAGAGAGUUCAUGGAGAUCCAAGAUGGAUGCCGGCAUGUGGUAGCAUAUGUAACUGGCUAACUUGAAAGGCUGUGAAUGAAACUGCAGGGAGCAGUUGUCAGUGCGCCAGCAUUCUGUCACAUACAGUACUGUGCCGAAGUCCUAGACACCUGAAAGUCAAACUAAUUCAGAUAGUGUGUAUGUGUAAAAAGGAAUAAUAUUCAUUAUAUUCAUGUAUUGGUAUAUGUUAUAUAGAUAUGUAUUUUAAUGAAAACACUUACUACCCAAACGAAUGGCCUUAGAAUGACUUUCAUGUGACUAAGGCUUUUGCACAGUGCUGUAGGUAUUCCCUCAAUGAGGGUUUCUAAUGUCCAGCAGUUCCCCCGAACUUUGCCUAAUAUAAAACCCUGGUCAUUCCCUCAAUCCAAACUUUAGCUCUAACCUCAACCAGGAUCCUGUCUCCUCACCUUAUUCCUUUCAACAUCCUUCGGCCAAAUUGCCACGACUCUGUGUCCCUUUGCCCCUGUCCACUUCGAGGUCAAACUCCCCCAUAUCUCAUAUCGCCAGCCCUACCAUAUCAUUCCCUGUAAGUUGAUAACACUAAUCUAACUGUCUUGUUACACUGUGACACAAGCCAAGGAUUUAUGUAUGUUACUAAACCGUGGAGGAGUGAAUAAAUUAGAACACGGUAAUGGUAGACACACUGACCCUCACAGAUAUUGCCCAACACCCUUUGGACAAUUUCAAAUUAGUUUUGUCAGUGCCGGAUCUCAAUUACAAUUCACCUUAGUUAAGCCAAAAUAUUUCCUGUGGUGUCUGAGGGUUCACGUUGGUUAGCGAGGGUCAGAAAACCUGAGCAUGUGCGCCAAAUGUAAUUUUAGUUUAGUUUUACUGAACAAGGGAUAUACAAACAUAUCAGUCAUAGUGCCACUGUGUGGUCAAUAUGAAUGUUCUUGCAUAUGUUGUCUUGACAGUUUUGAAAUCUGUUACAAUAUUGGUUUGACUGAUUCCUAUUCAUGUAUUUUUCCAGAACAUGACCACAUCAAUGUUUAUUGGUCAAUUAUGUUGUUAUUACUAAUCUAAAAAUGUUUUUGCAUUCAGGGAAAUUUAUCAAUAGAUGCCCCAUAUAGUUUUAUUUUGCAGAUCAUCAUCGGGUGCCAGAGGAGUAAUGUAGUAAGCUUUUGUCACAAUAUAAAAAAUACAGAAAAUCUACUAGGGUGGCCAUUUCUCUAUGGCAAGACGCAUUAUUUACCAAGUAUAGUGAAAAUGGUGCCAGUGGGGUUCUCUGUAUGCAGGAAACAAUUCUCACCCACCCUCAGACUAGACUUUUAGCAACAUGUGCAUAUCUAGCGAUGUUAGCAUUGUGUAGAAUGUGUUACAGCGUAAUCAAUAUUGGCAUUUUAGCCAUCAGACAAUGUUUAUCUAGGCAGAGUUAAAGAAAUUUAAGUUGCUCUACUUGAACAUUAUAUAUGUUUUUUAUUAUGGUUUAAAAUAAUGUGUUUGUAAAUACUGUGUUUACAAAUAUACAUUAUAAUAUAUCCAAAUUAUAAUGUAUGUUUGUUUGUCUCUCAAAGUGAUAGUAAUUUUCAGUUCUCCGAACAGCAGCCCGUUAGGGCAACUGAAUAUUCAUAGGUGUAAUGAGGCGUUAGUUACUGUUUAAAAACAGCCACUAUGUUGUAACAGAGACCCUCACUCACACAACCUGGGUUACAUGGUCAAUUAUUACAUGUAAUCUGCUUAUGAAAACUGUAACUGAAAUCAGUUACACAAACAGCAAACCAUUUUGUAAUCAGAUUAGAGAUAGAGUUAUUUUGAAAAAGUUGAUGAUUACUUAAAGGGGGAGGAUUUGAAUGGAUCCUUCUUGUCUUUUCAUAAGGCCUCUUAAAAUGGAUAGUUACUCAAUUACUGAGUUUAGGUAAUCCCAAAAUUAAGUAACCGAUUAAAGUACCUAUGUAACAAGCUAGUAACUGUAUAUGGACAUGUUAGCAGUGACUGGACUGGAUGACAUUUUAACAGUACCAUACACAACCCUGCCUGUUCAUACUUUUGGAUAAAACAGGAGUCCAGCAGACUGCUAGCAUAGAUUAAUAAAACCUGUAUGGGAUGAACACUCAACAUUUCAAAUGUAUGCAGGUGUAAAAAUAACAAUAUUUAGGCCUACAAAAUCUAAAAUCAAUCAGAAGCAUGCCUGUAGGUAGCCUAAAUUCAUUAGGGCAAUAUUAUAUUUUCAAAGCAAAGGUAGGCUGUAUCGAAUUAACUUAAAUUAAUUACAAAGCCUUUGCAGCAACAACGCCUAACUCAUUUACCCUAGAGGCUAUACACUGCAUGUUUAAUGAAAUAAAAAAAGACUAUAAAAGACUAUAAUCUACUGCCCUAAUCAUAGAAAUGUAUUGAAAUAUAAUUGCCCACAUUAACAAUAUAAUGUAUUGAAAUAUUACAGCCUAUUUUAAUAAAUAUAAUGUGCCUAUAUUAAUUAAUAUCAAAGCCUAUGAGUACCCUCCAGUUCCACUAUGCCUGCAUGCUCCAGGACCAGGUGGGAGUCGAUUCAGAAAGUAAACCACAUUUGAAUUUCACUGCAUGCGACACUGUAAAUGGAUUUUAAAAAGUCGCUCAGGAAAAUAUGAAUUUGUCCUUUUAAAACUACUUGUAACACAAAUUAUGUCUGUGAUAUAAAGUUUCUAAUGACAUGUGGAUUACAUUGAUUAGUUUAGGAAAAUUGGAGGGGACCUGAACAAUAAAAAAAAAAACUCAGAUUUGAAAUGAAGUUUCAGUCACAUUGAGUAUCUUGGCCUAUUUUGGCAGGGUCAUUCUAAUUAUAAUUUUAGCGUACUUCAUGAAAAGACUGGAAUUCAACUGAAUGCUUUCCAUUUUUAGAAUGGGUUCCAUGGGAAUGACAUGUCCUCUAGAUUUAACAGGGAGGUCGAUUUAACAGGGAGGUCGAUUUAACAGGGAGGUCGAUUUAACAGGGAGGUCGAUUUAACAGGGAGGGUGAUUUAACAGGGAGGGUUGAUUUAACAGAGAGGUCGAUUUAACAGGGAGGUCGAUUUAACAGGGAGGAUGAUUUAACAGGGAGGGUGAUUUAACAGGGAGGAUGAUUUAACAGGGAGGAUGAUUUAACAGGGAGGUCGAUUUAACAGGGAGGAUGAUUUAACAGGGAGGAUGAUUUAACAGGGAGGUCGAUUUAACAGGGAGGUCGAUUUAACAGGGAGGUCGAUUUAACAGGGAGGGUGAUUUCACAGGGAGGAUGAUUUAACAGGGAGGUCGAUUUAAUAGGGAGGUCGAUUUAACAGGGAGGUCGAUUUAACAGGGAGGUUGAUUUUACAGGGAGGUCGAUUUAACAGGGAGGUCGAUUUAACAGGGAGGUCGAUUUAACAGGGAGGGUGAUUUCACAGGGAGGAUGAUUUAACAGGGAGGUCGAUUUAAUAGGGAGGUCGAUUUAACAGGGAGGUCGAUUUAACAGGGAGGUUGAUUUUACAGGGAGGUCGAUUUUUACGUUUUAUAUAUUCACAAACGUCUCUGUAUGCAAGUCUUUAUGUGCACAAGAAAUGUAAAAACAAACCAAACAUACACCUCAGCACAAAAUAAAGACUAAUGAAACAGAA